AAUUGUCUCAAAUGUUCCCUGGUGCUAAUAGUGUUCUUAAUGAUAUGAAAAGAUUUUGCCAGGAAGAAGGAAAAAAUUAUCAAUAGCAUUAAAAAAAGAAAAUAGGCACAUGAUGGUUUUCUUUAGCAAACACGGGGGGGAAACGACCUUUAUGACAGUUUUGUCAUUUUCAGGAAAAUGCCUCAUUCUCUGAAAUUCCCCAACCAGGCAAGGUUAUUGUAAAUAGUAGGUAGGAAAAGCAGAGUGUGGCAAUAAAGGGGUUAAUCUGCAGAGCACAGAGCCAUCUGGCUGAGCUGGUUUGUUAUAAUCGAGCAGAUUAUGUUCACGGGACUCAGAGUUUAAGGCUCCUCUCCCAUAGAGCAACUCUGCACAGCCCAACCCGACCAACUUUGGGACUUUGAAUGAACAUAUUUACAUCCACCUUUCUCUUCAUGUCGACUUUUCUGGAAACAUUCACACGGAUGCCAUGGUUACUCCUACCACGUUGCAUCUGGAGGCCUUCCUCAGGACCUGGCCUCGCUGUCCUAAGGCCGUGUGAGACUCAACUUUUCUAAGUCUUCGUGAAUGAGACCCCACAGACUUCAUCAUAUCUUACAGGUGAACAAGGUGAUGUCCAUCUUGUUUUAUGUGAUAUUUCUUGCUUAUCUUCGUGGCGUCCAAUCUACCAACAUGGAUCAAAGGAGUUUGCCAGAAGAUUCAAUAAAUUCUCUCAUUAUUAAACUAAUUCAGGCAGACAUUUUGAAAAACAAGCUUUCAAAGCAGAUGGUAGAUAUUAAGGAAAACCAUCAUAACACAAUGCAGAAAGCAGAGGCUCAUCGGGACAUGGAUGGAGUUGAAAAUGUGAAAUCAGACUUCCAGCCAGUUAUCCCAGUGGAUACAGACCUCUUAAGGCAGCAAAGACGCUACAAUUCUCCCCGGGUCCUCUUAAGUGACAACACGCCGUUGGAGCCCCCGCCAUUGUAUCUCAUGGAGGAUUAUGUUGGAAGUUCGGUAGUGGUGAACAGAACCUCCCGGAGGAAAAGGUAUGCGGAGCACAAGAGCCACCGAGGGGAAUAUUCCGUUUGUGACAGUGAGAGCUUAUGGGUCACGGACAAAUCCUCUGCUAUCGACAUCAGAGGACACCAGGUAACUGUGCUGGGAGAAAUUAAAACAGGCAAUUCUCCGGUCAAACAAUACUUUUAUGAAACAAGGUGUAAAGAAGCCAAGCCUGUAAAAAAUGGCUGCCGAGGCAUCGAUGAUAAGCACUGGAACUCCCAAUGCAAGACAUCCCAAACUUACGUUAGAGCACUGACUUCAGAAAACAAUAAACUUGUAGGCUGGAGAUGGAUCAGAAUAGAUACCUCCUGCGUGUGUGCGUUGUCAAGAAAAAUAGGAAGAACAUAAAUCUGCAUCUCUUUGCUAUAUAAAUUAUUACUUUAAAUUAUGAUAUGCAUGUAGCAUAUAAAUGUUUAUAUUGUUUUAUAUAUUAUAAGUUGACCUUAUUUAUUAAACUUCAGCAAUUCUACAGUAUAUAAGCUUUCUCUCUCAAUAAAUAAGAGUAAAGGGUGUGUGCCUUUGCUGUGGGCAACUCCAGUUUUAUUAGACUAUGUUUGUGACACUGCUUGUCGGCAGCAUACCAUAACCUUACUGUAAAAUCUGUGUAAAUCAGUAUUCUUAAUUCAGUAUUGUCAAACCAGUCAUUUAGUAAACUUGUUAAAAAUCAGAUCAACAUCAAGAGUUGUGUACAUAUUUAUAAUCCCCACUGUAUACAUUCACAUCUAAUUGGAUGCAGUGUCAACUCCUCACCAUCAAAACAAACAUGAACCAUAAUGUGCAUUGUAGCCUGCCAAUGUUGCAGGCAUCAAGUAGCCAUAAAAUACAGUUUCUGUAUAUUAUGCCAGUUUUGCCAUUGAAAUGACUUUUUUUUCCCUCUGUUAGGGUUCCAGAAUGACUGCUAAUAAUCCAGCAACUUUCAUUUACCUUUUUUUCUUUUGUAACUGUUUUUAAUGCUGCCAGUUCUUCUUACAAAUAAUUUGAAAAAAAUCUAAAAUGUUUGUAACAGAACCUUACUGAAGCCAAGAACUAAUGUAAAUGGAUCAUUAAUAUAAUACAUAAGAGAUGAUUUCUUCAGAAUACACUAUUUAUUGUGGUCAGCUUCUUCCUCCUCAUGGUAAUCUAUUACCUUCUGCUUGCACUGUUACAUCAUUCCUCUCUGUCUAAGUUUUUAAAUUAGAAACAAAGCUGACGAUGUCUUAACAUUAAAAGAGCCCUUGGCUUCAGAACUGUAGUAAAAAAAAAGAGAUGAUAUCCUGGAAUGGAUAUCAAAGCCAUACACCCUCACAAAGCUGCUCUUUUGCUCAGCAACCCCUUACCCAUUUUUUCAUGGAAAGAAACCUGUGUAGAACUGCUCGACAAUGCUGGUACCUAUCACAGGAGGAUAAAAAAAUAUAGCUUUCUGAGCAAUAUUGAAAUUACAAUCCAUUUUGUCCAUAGUUAUAAUGAAGUUCUUCAAUCAUACAGGUGAGUUGUUACUUGGAACAGACAAACGUACUAGUGUAUACUUCAAACAAAUCCUUGUAUUGUUGAGUAGCUGUACUGGGAACAGUAUAAUUAUACUACCCAAAGAGAUGGUCUACUAUAUAUUAGCUGUAUCAUGCCCUGAAUGAGAUCUGACUCCCAUUAAAGUUAAUGAGUGUUUUGUCAUGGAUAUCAACAGAAUUAGAUUAGACCGCAUAUGUCAUCUAUGUUUAGCUAGAUCUUAAGCCACAACUAGGGCUGGAAAAUGCCACCUGCUUGAAAAUCAUUGCAGCUAUAGUGGUCUUAAGUUUCUAAGUUAUGGCUUCCACUGUUGCAGUGUGUUCAGCGUUGCAAGUGAAAAUGAGAGCAGAGCAUCAAAAAACAGGGUGGGAGGACACCAUUGUUCGUAUAGUUUUUAUUACUGGAGAAGCAACUUCAAAUCUGCAGCAGGUCAUCAGAGGCAGCAAAUUGUGUGGUCUCAUCCAAUCCCUUAUGGAGAGCAUUAUACCUCAUAAAACCACUGGAGAACUGGACCAGGUUGCUCAGGAGGCCAAGCACUGGAAUAGCAGAAACUCUGAAAGCCAAAACUGGACUGUAUAGGUAUGAGUCUGCAGGGGAGGCCAUAUACAAAGGUUUUGAGAACCCUCUCAAUUUUUUACAUGAGGCCAGGGUAUUUACUUCACAGGAAAUGUCAUCACCUUGGAAAACUAAAUCCUAACUUUGCCUCAAGCACUAAUAACUUUAGAGGUUCAAUACCAAGGACAUUGUUAAAAGGAAAGAGAUGAUGUCAUAUAACAAGCAACUCAGUAUCCAGCGGAGCUGAUGAGAAUUUUUCUGCCUUCUCCUUUACUGGCAAACAAAAAAAAAUUCUCAACACAUUUUUUGCUAGUUUUACUAGCAGGAAAGCUCAAGUUUCAACAAUGAAAAAAUAACUCCUAUCCAUUCAUUUUUCUGAUUUGGAGGAGAAGCAUAUUUUUCAGGGGGCAUUUCCAGUGAUUUUUUUUAAGUUAAAAAGACAAUUUUGCACCCCACAUUCCCAAAUAAAGAUCAAUUUCAGAUGCUGUAAGUAAUUGAGAGCAGCUAUUGUCAUGGAUCAUUAACUUUAGAGAUCUCCAUGCUGCAGCAUGCCAAAUAGGUCCGUGUCCGUACGAGAAGAGGAAGUAAGAAUGCUAACUGAGCUUAUUUAGACACUGUUGUUUACUGACCGCAAAUCCCAUUAACUAGUGACUUCAGUGUUCCUGGAAGUGUGGAUGCCACACUUGCUUACAUCACUGUAAAUCCAGAUAAAUUCUAUGGAAGUUAGGGAGAAAAUGUGGGUUUAUAGCAAUGUAAAUAACAUUAUAGUCUUUCUGAAUGCCUUUAUUUCUGCUCACUGAAAAUGAAGGGAAAUCCGUUCUGUAUACGUUCAAAGUAAACACUUUGUCAUUUUCCACUGUAAAUGCAGUAACCAGAACUGGACUUUGACUCUUAACUUUACCAAUGCAUCAAGUAUUUUACAAGCAGCCACUGAAAAUGUGGUGGAGUAAAUAUAAUGCUGAUCAUCUGAAACAUAUUACAUGAGAAAGAAAAAUGGUUCAUAAGGUUAUUAGAUCGUCUGCCUCUUUUCCAUCUCAGCAUAAGAAUGAAUAGAAGCGUUACCCUUAGGAUCUGAUCUGACUCCCUCUAAAGUCAAUGGAAAAAUUCUCACCGACUUCAGUGGAAACUGGAUCAGGCCCUGAGCGAAGAAAAACUUGCAGUUCUCUACCAGAGAGCUGAGCAAUUGCACACAUCAGUUACGCAUUCUUGUAAAUCUUGUAUACACAUAAGAUGCUGUAUAAUUUUGUAACAAGUUUGUAAACAAAGCUUGUAAUAAAUUUGCUAAGGUCUAAUUCUGUUUUCAGUGUAGCCGGGGACGGUUUUAUUGUCAACUUUUGUGAUGGCACAAUGAAUUCAGAGUUCCCUCUCUAACCUCUUUGUACAUGUGUUGAGUAUAAUUAAGCAAAAUAUUCAGCUCACAAUACUAAUUUAAUCUGAGUAUUUUAAAACUCAUUCCGCUUAGGCAGCUCAGAUGUUCUGUCAAUAAUGUUUUGCCAAUAGAUCAUUAUAAACACACAUUUUAUGUAGCUUUUCUCCUAAACAACUGGAUGCUGUUCUGAAAUUGCCUGUCUGUGUCAAACUAUAUUUUCUCCGAUUUUUUCCAAGAUUUCUUACAGUCCAUUUAGUAACAGUAAAAAAUGCUCCACUGAGGUUUUGGGAAACCAUCUGCAUUUGUUUUAUCACCUUUGAACAUGUGUUCAGGAAUGAAGUCUGUGUAGCGAGUUUACUACUACCAAGAGAUUUGUGCUGCUACACCAGGAAGAAACUUUGACUGGACUUUACAGAGUGUGCGCUCAAAACCACUCUGCUCAUAUUCUGUUAUUUCAAUGCUUUAGCAAUCAGAGCCUUUCAUUCAACUAUACAUUGUGUAUAUGCAGACAAUACCAAACAGGAAACAAGUCUGAUUGGGAGUUCUGAAA